GUUACGCGUAAGCCAAACAACCGACGCUAAGUCGCUAAAAUUACAUAAAAAACCCAGCGGGAACUCAACCAUCAUCAGGGGCAUUAUCGGAACACAAAGUUCACCAGCUCCUCCUCCUCCUCACCUCCUUCCACCGCUGCUUUUCCUACUGCCCCUCGUAUACGCCGAAGAAAAGUCCCCCCCAAAAAAAAGGAAAAGGAAAAAGAAAAAGAAAAAAACCCUUGCACAUUUCCCAAGGAUCGGAACCCGCCCCGGCUUGGAUCGCCUCCAACUCACGAGUCAACUCAUCAACCCGACUCGCCAUGGAGAUCGCACCGGUGGCGCCGCCAAUCGACGGUCCCGGCCUUGACGACGACGCCGUUUCGUCGGAUAGCGUAAGGGCGGUGGUUGCGUCGUCGUCGUCUUCUUCUUCUUCUUCGCCUGAGAACGAGUCGAACGCGUUGGCGUCUUCGUCGUCUACGCCGUUUUUCGCAUCGGCGAAGUUCGACGAGGAGGAGGAGGAGGAGGACGUGUGCAGGAUUUGCAGGAACCCGGCGGACGCCGAGCACCCGCUUAGGUACCCUUGCGCCUGUAGUGGGAGCAUCAAGUACGUCCACCAAGAUUGUCUCCUCCAAUGGCUCAAUCACAGCAACGCUCGUCAGUGCGAGGUUUGCAAACAUGCAUUUUCCUUCUCUCCUGUAUAUGCUGAGAAUGCUCCAUCAAGGCUUCCUUUUCAAGAGUUUGUAGUUGGGAUGGCCAUGAAAGCUUGCCAUGUUCUGCAGUUCUUUUUGCGUCUAAGUUUUGUACUUUCUGUUUGGCUGCUCAUCAUUCCAUUUAUUACGUUUUGGAUAUGGCGGUUGGCUUUUGUGAGGAGUUUUGGUGAAGCGCACAGAUUAUUCCUGAGUCACUUGUCUACUACAGUUAUCCUUACUGAUUGUCUGCAUGGGUUUCUACUUUCUGCUAGCAUUGUGUUUAUUUUUCUUGGGGCCACAUCACUGAGGGAUUAUUUUAGGCAUUUACGAGAACUUGGGGGACAGGAUGCCGACAGAGAUGAAGAGGGGGACAGAAAUGGUGCUCGUGCUGCUAGAAGACCUCCUGGACAAGCUAAUAGGAAUUUAGCUGGCGAUGCAAAUGGAGAAGAUGCUGGUGGAGCUCAAGGAAUUGUUGGAGCAGGUCAAAUGAUUAGAAGGAAUGCUGAAAAUGUAGCUGCUCGGUGGGAGGCACAGGCAGCUCGUCUUGAGGCUCAUGUCGAACAGAUGUUUGAUGGCUUAGAUGAUGCUGAUGGUGCAGAGGAUGUACCCUUUGAUGAGCUUGUUGGCAUGCAGGGCCCUGUAUUUCAUUUGGUUGAAAAUGCUUUUACAGUCCUGGCCAGCAAUAUGAUAUUUCUUGGUGUUGUAAUCUUUGUGCCAUUCUCAUUUGGUCGAAUUAUCCUGUAUCAUAUAUCUUGGGUUUUCUCCACGGCUAGUGCUCCAGUUUUGUCUACAGUAGUGCCACUUACAGAAUCAGCACUCUCCUUGGCAAAUAUUUCACUGAAGAAUGCGUUAACUACCGUGACUAAUUUGUCAUCUGGAGGCGAAGACAAUGGUGUGCUUGGCCAGGUUGCAGAAAUGUUGAACGUCACUGCAAGUGGAUCUAAUGAAGUUUCAAACAAUAUAAGUUCAUCGCUUUCAGCAGAUCUUUUGAAGUCAGCGAGUAUUGGAACAUCACGGCUUUCUGAUGUCACAACUCUUGCAGUCGGAUACAUGUUUAUAUUUUCGUUAGUUUUCUUCUACCUCGCCUUCAUCGCUUUGAUUCGGUAUACUAGGGGUGAGCCUUUGACUAUCAGGAGAUUCUAUGGUAUUGCUUCUAUCGCAGAAACAAUCCCAUCUCUUUUCAGGCAGUUCUUGGCAGCAAUGAGGCAUUUGAUGACUAUGAUUAAGGUUGCUUUCCUUCUCGUCAUUGAACUUGGUGUGUUCCCAUUGAUGUGUGGAUGGUGGCUGGAUGUAUGUACUAUAAGGAUGUUUGGGAAAUCGAUGGCUCAAAGAGUCCAAUUCUUCUCAGCCUCCCCCUUGGCAAGUUCAUUGGUGCAUUGGGUUGUAGGCAUUGUUUACAUGCUACAGAUAAGCAUAUUUGUCAGUCUUCUGAGAGGGGUUUUGCGUAAUGGAGUUCUUUAUUUCCUUCGAGAUCCUGCUGAUCCCAACUAUAAUCCAUUCCGUGAUCUUAUUGAUGAUCCUGUACACAAACAUGCACGCAGGGUUUUGUUAUCUGUUGCAGUAUAUGGGAGUUUAAUUGUGAUGCUGGUGUUUUUACCAGUCAAACUUGCCAUGCGGAUGGCACCAUCCAUUUUUCCUCUUGAUAUAUCGGUGUCUGAUCCAUUUACUGAAAUUCCAGCUGACAUGCUGCUUUUCCAAAUAUGCAUUCCGUUUGCCAUUGAGCAUUUUAAAUUACGGACAUCAAUUAAAUCCUUCCUUCGCUAUUGGUUUAAGGCUGUUGGCUGGGCACUUAGUUUAACAGAUUUCUUAUUGCCCAGACCUGAAGAUAAUGGUGGUCAGGAAGCAGGAAAUGCUGAGCCUGGAAGGCAGGACAGACUACAGGUAGUACAAGUAGGUGCGCAGGACCAGCUCCUGGUACCACUCCCAGAUGCUGAUGAUCCAAAUGGACCCUUGCUUGCCUCUGGGGACUCUAAUAUUGCAGAGGACUAUGAUGGUGAUGAACAAUCUGAUUCAGAGUAUAGCUUUGUCCUCCGCAUAGUCCUCUUGCUGGUGAUGGCUUGGAUGACUUUGCUUAUCUUCAACUCUGCCUUGAUAGUCGUGCCAGUUUCGCUUGGAAGGACAAUUUUUAACACCAUCCCUGUUCUCCCAAUAACGCAUGGGAUUAAAUGCAAUGAUCUAUAUGCUUUCAUCAUUGGAAGCUAUGUAAUUUGGACUGCUAUAGCUGGAGCCCGAUAUUCUGUUGAGCAUAUUAGGACAGAGAGAGUUGCAGUUCUAUUGGGGCAGAUCUGGAAGUGGUGUGGCAUUGUUGUUAAGAGCUCUGCUCUCUUAUCAAUUUGGAUACUUGUCAUUCCAGUAUUAAUUGGGUUGCUCUUUGAGCUUUUGGUGAUCGUACCAAUGCGAGUGCAUGUGGAUGAGAGCCCCGUUUUCCUCUUGUACCAGGACUGGGCAUUGGGCCUCAUUUUUCUCAAGAUCUGGACUAGAUUGGUUAUGUUGGAUCACAUGAUGCCACUGGUCGAUGAAAGUUGGCGAGUAAAAUUUGAAAGGGUGAGAGAAGAUGGUUUUUCCAGGCUGCAAGGUCUAUGGGUGCUACGUGAGAUCGUGUUCCCAAUUGUUAUGAAGUUGUUGACUGCCCUGUGUGUCCCAUAUGUGCUCGCCAGGGGGGUGUUUCCAGUGCUUGGGUACCCGUUGGUUGUCAAUUCUGCAGUCUAUCGGUUUGCCUGGUUGGGAUGCCUGUCCUUCAGCUUGUUGUGCUUCUGUGCAAAGCGAUUCCAUGUCUGGUUUACCAACCUUCACAACUCCAUCCGUGAUGACCGUUAUCUAAUCGGCCGUAGGCUUCAUAACUUUGGGGAGAACAAAAUUGACGAAAAUCAAAAUGAUGAUGGCACUUCACCUGCAAUGCAAAGCUCAGAUUUGCAGGGUACUGGUGUAGUUCAGCAUGACCAAGCCGAUCUUGGGAUGCAGCUUAGACGCGCCAUCCGACAAGAUGCAUAACCUAUAGGAUAGGCGUUUAGGAGGUUUUUGUCUUAGUAAGGCUUUUGUGAAUUGUUGGAUAAGUAUACGGUACUGACAUGGCCCCUGUUGUGUACGCCCUAACGAGGGAUGUUAUUAGGGGUCUCCUAAUCUUCAGAGUUACUAGCUUGUGUACUGUCAAAAAAUAUUAUUUGAAGCGGAACAAGAUUCACAAAA